AACGCAUAUCCGCGGCCACAGCAGUCAAGAUGCGCGCGCCGGUCGGUGCCGUGUGUGCCGCGACUCUCCUUAUAAUCCCUGUCGCCCUGGUACUUUGUCGUCAAGAAGACACAGGAUAUUACGCCGAAGAUGGCUACCAUGACGACGCCAUUGACGUGUGAGUGUUCCCAGUUUCCACCCAGUGAAAGUGGUUAUGACCAAAAAGCUGUAUGCCCAACGGACAGAUUGCUGCGUUCUCGAGAAACGUGUCGCGUUGACGACGCGGACGUCCAGUGCAUCAGGAUACACUGCUGCGAAGAUUACAACUAUAUAGCUGGACGAUGUAUACCGAAGUCAGUAGAAGCGUGCAGUUUGCGGCUGUGCGAGCAGGCGUGCGAGGUGCGGGAGCAGCGGCUGUGGUGCUACUGCCACCCGGGGUUCAGGUUCGACGAGGAGAGCUACAGUCGGAAAACACAGCCUUACUGUGUUGAUAUAAAUGAAUGCGAGAGCAACAACGGCGGCUGCUCGCAGCGCUGCGUGAACGACCCCGGCGGGUACCACUGCGAGUGCAGCGCGCCGCUCGUCGUCGCCGCAGACGGCAGGAAGUGCGUCCCUGCGGCGGUUGCGUUGCCGGAGCCUCUGCCUCUAAUACGCGCGUCGUCUCGAUGCUACGCGACUUGCGACACCGUGUCAUGGCUGUCGAGGAAAGUGAAGCAACUCAGCGACCAGCUGCACAACACGCAAGUUGCCAUGAAGAAGUUGAUGGAAAACCCCUUGUUGAAAGGGGAAGAUGGAGAUCGCUUCGCAGAAGGUAACUACGCGUACAGGGUUUUGGACUCUACGGCUCCAUUGGAAGGUGGUUACUGUCGUUGUGAAAGAGGACCUCGAGGUCCACCUGGGCCAGCAGGUAUGGAAGGGCCAAAAGGAGACACAGGGGCGCGGGGACCUCGAGGAGCAAAAGGGCCAAAAGGCUCUCUAGACCUCAUGUUACUCCUGUUGGCAGACAUUCGACACGACAUACACAACUUGGAAGAUAAAGUUUACAAAGAAGGAGAACGGCCGGAACGUUUCAACUUGCAAAAAGCAUGGCGUCGACAGCGCAAACAGGAUAAGCUGGACAAGGAGAACAGAACGGAGCAAGCACUGGAAGCGUACACCGCUCCUCCCGUCGUGGGAGAAGGACCUGUUGAAAUAUCUCCUCACGGUCUUCGAGGAGCAGUCACUCGUGAUUCAGAAACAACAACGGACUGGACUCUAGUCAAAGGCGAUACCUACGACAGUACGGAUGCACAGGAUCUCGCAGACAUGGACGAGAAACUUCACCAGUUCCGUCUCUUGGCCAACGCUACCAGGACUGAUGAAGAAGAUGAAUCCGAUGAUUAUGAUGACUAUAGUUUCUACUAGGAUUACAUAGUUUAUAAGAUUA